ACGAAACGGAUCUUGGCGGCCGUUACAAAAUACUGAAGAGUUUAUGUUUUGGAAGCUGCACACAAUCAAGCAGGUCUUUAUUCCAAAUAGGUUUUUUAGUAGCUUGGAUGACAAAACACCUGACAGCAGGCAAGCGAGCGUUGGCGAACGUAAACAAACCGCGCAUUCCCCAACUGCACGCACGAAUCUCAUCUUUGCCCCAUUCCCGCGUCCUAAUCAGGCGGCCAAUCGCUCCACCACUACUUCCGUUUGCUAAUAGCAUGAGCGGUACAUCGAAACCUACAAACCCACCGCCGGACAGUCACCACCUUCGCUUCCAAUACUGCCAAAACCGUCCACUGUAUCGUCGCUCGCGCCAGCUAACAGCCGUACGUGUGUACUCGGUAGCGAACGAAUCACGGCACUUGCUCAUUUUCGGCGUUCCGCAAAUUAAUCUGCUCCAAGAGCUACGCCAAGAGUUAGUGCGGUUCGGGGCAGUGGAAUCGAUCAGCAACAUUACCGACAGCUGGCAACGGGAACAUGAAGGUUCGGACGAGCUGCAGCCCGAACCGUUUACGGACGUAUUUCAUGCGUGUUUCGUCAAACUAGAAAAGGCCCGACAAGCGAAAAAGCUGCUGGACGCACGCAACUUUUACGGCGGUAUACUGCACCUCUCGUACGCACCGGAGCGCGAAAGUGUGGAGGAGGUUCGGGCAAAGCUGAACCAGCGUCGAUCGGAGGUUCGAUUCCGUGCGAAACUUGCCGGUGAGCGACGAUCAUCCAAUUCAAAACAGCGAACGUCAAAUCUUCCUGGUGUUGGUGCUGCCGGACUGCGACAGUAGUGGUGUUGAUCUUCUAGGACAACCAUCAUCCUUUUUCGAAGCGUACGGCCAUCAUCGCUAGCGAGUCGAAAGUACAUGAAGUGAAGUAGAGAAAACAGUGAACUAUAGGAUGAUUAUACCUAAGGAGGUGCAGUGUAGAACCUGCCUGCAGGUGUUCUGCUGUGCCAAGUGCCGGCAAAAGCAUGAAGAUGGAAACCAUCAAGAAGACGCCAUGUUACGCAAAAUUUGCUACAUCUGCAACGACAGACCAUUCCCGUUGCGGAAGGACACUAAAAUCACGCCAAACAAUUUGCUCAUCGUACACAUACUGAAAGAACAUCUG